AGAGAGAGAGGAGGGAAGCAGAUGGGGCAGGUUUAGAAGAAAAAAACAAGGGAAAAAAAAAAGAGAGUUUUAGAGUUUCAUGGUUACAAUUUUAACUUUUUUUCUUUGAAGCAAUGGAUCAAACAGAUCAUGUGCGUUGUGAUGCCAUCCCUUCCAACAGCACAACCAGCAGCACAAGCUCUAAGACUAACUCCGGCGCCGGCGCCGGAGCUGGAGCUACUCCUCUUCAACUUGUCCCUCUCCAAACCAACUCUCUCAUGCCUUCCAUCCCCACCACCGGCUCUAAGAAAACCACCACCACCAGCACCACCACCGCAACCACCACCGUGAAACGCUCGUCAAAAGAUAGGCAUACUAAGGUUGAUGGAAGAGGACGAAGAAUCCGGAUGCCGGCGGCUUGUGCGGCGAGGGUUUUCCAGUUGACGAGGGAACUAGGGCAUAAGUCUGAUGGGGAGACGAUUGAGUGGUUGCUUCAGCAAGCGGAGCCGGCGAUUGUCGCUGCUACGGGGACUGGUACUAUUCCGGCGAAUUUCUCAACUUUGAAUGUUUCGUUGAGGAGUAGUGGAUCGUCGGUGUCGGCGCCGGCGUCGAGAGUGGCACAGCAGCAGCAGCCGCACUCUUUUCACGCUCUGGCGCUUUCGCAUCAUUAUGAAGAGAGUCCUGAUGCGGCGGCGGCGUUGUUAGGGUUUCAGCUCCCGCAUCAUCAGCACCAUCAGAUGCUUGGAUCUGGGGACCAAAUCGAGGGGUUGGGCGCCGGCGCCGGCGGCAACGGGAGUGAGUCCACCGACAACUAUUUGAGGAAGAGAUUCAGAGAGGAUCUCUUCAAAGGAGAGCAGCAGCAGCAGCACCCGGAGUCGUCUCAGAGGGAAGAGAGUGGGGGUGGAUCCGGGGCGGGGCCGUCGUCGCCUACGACGACGACGGCGAAGGUGGUGAGAAAAGGCGGAGGUUUGCAACUCCAUCAACGUCCUUCUCAAGAACCCAACGUCCUACCGGCAGCUGCAAUGUGGGCAGUGGCUGCAGCUCCGGCUCCCACGAGUGCCGCUUUCUGGAUGCUCCCCGUGUCGGCAAGCUCAAACACUCCAUCCAUGGCCGGGGCGGCGGCCGGAGCAACAGAGCAGCCUUCAUUAUGGGCAUUCCCAUCAGGAACGACACCGUAUCGCACGGCGAUCCCCACCGGUGCCGGUGGGAGCACGAUUCAAGCACCAUUGCAGUUCAUGUCAAGGAUUAACAUCCCCAGUGCGCUUGAACUCCAAAGUGGGCGGUUGCCGUUGGGUUCAAUGCUACUCCAACAGCACAACCCCGGUGCCGGUGCCGGUGCCGGUGCCGGCCAGGCAGCGUCACAGCAUUUGGGGUUGGGAAUGGCGGAGACGAACCUGGGAAUGCUUGCAGCUCUGAAUGCUUACAACAGAGGUGGAGCUUUGAGCAUGAGCUCCGAGCAUCACCAACACCACUUGGACACACGGCACCACCAUCAGCAUGCUCAACAUCAUCAUCAUCAUCAACAACAACAACAAGAAGGUGGUGGUGGUGGUGGUGGUGGUGCAGAGGGUGGUGGAGGUGGUGGUGGCGAAGACCACCAAACAAACUCACAGUGAAUCAAAAAGAACAUUGGUUUACUGGUAAUGCUUGCUUGCUUGCUUGCUGCUUCUCUUUGCCUUUGGAUUUCUCAAAUUUGGAUUUUUUUUUUUUUUAAUAUUAUGAAAAGAAGCUCAUUUACAACUUUAAUGGUGAUGAGUUUUGUGAGAUUUAGAGUGGCUGGUUUUUAUUAUACUAGCUCUUCUGCUACUACUACUACUACUACUACGAGUAGUUCACUACUUUUACAUCAAGUACUUGGUUUUCUGUGUUCA